AUGCCAUCAAUACUUCAUAAUAAUAAUAUUUAUUUAACUAUUUUAUAUAAAUGCUCAUCAUUAACACAACGUCGUAUAUCAUUAUCUAUAUAUAUUGAAAGAACAUUAUAUCGAACAAAUGUCCCUGUUUUUCGUCGUUAUUGGCUUUGUCAUCGAUCAACUCGUAUUAAAACUCGUUAUAUACGUGUACAUUUACAUCGUUCAAUAGCAUAUGCUUCAGAUUUAACAUCAAAUUUACAAUCAUGGCCUAUUGAACAAGGUCGAUUAAAACUUAUAAUGUAUAAAAAUAGACUAGCAAAUGAAAAUGAAAUUUUGAAAAAACUUGAGUAUAAUGUAAGAUUUUUACCAGUACAUAAACGACCAAGUUAUUAUUCAUUUCGAUGGAAUCCUUUUAUAAAUAAAACAAUUAACAGUAUUUGUCUUAAGGAACCUGAAGUAGUACGAAUUAUAAAUUAUCCAUUGGUACUUACAGGUAGUACUUAUGGAAAACAUGUUGUUCUUCCAGCUUAUCAAGAUUAUAGUCUUCGAUUAGAACAACAAAUUCAAUUAACACGACCAAAAUUUUCAAUUAUAUUUUGGUUAUAUAUUGAUGAAUAUUGUUCUGAUAGAUCAACUGCAAUUCAUUGUUCUAUUUUACAACAUUUAACAUUUAAUAAUACACGUUUAACUCCAGAAAUUUUUCUUAAUCGAAAAGGUCAAAUUAUAGUAAAUGUCUUUGAAUAUUUACAUGAUCUAAAAGGAAUAGGAGCACAAACUGUUGCUUCAAUACCAAAAAAAGAUUGGUGUCGAAUAGCUUUGAUUAUUAAAGAAUAUCAUUGGAAUAUUUAUAUAAAUUGUCUUCAAACAUGGGAUAAACCUAUCAAAGCUAACCACUAUUCUCCUAAUUAUUAUUAUUUUAAUGAUGAAUUUGGAACAUUUAUUGUUGGUGGUAGUGAUAUUACACCGUCAUUUCGAGGAUUUAUUAGUCAAAUCGAUAUAUAUCGACGAAUAGCUCUUACUUAUGAACAAUUACCAAAAAGACUUGAUAUAUCAUUUAUGCCAUAUUUACCAUCUAUAAUUCAAAAAUCAAAUGAAUGUAAACGUCAUUUAGAUUCAUUUAGACAAUGUUAUGAACAAUUUGAACUUUUUAAUAAACGUAUUCAACAAAAAUUUACAUGUAAUGCUCAACCAUUUCUAUUAAAUAAAUCUAAUCGACAAUGUCUUCUUAUUCGUACAUGGAAACAACAAUUAUCAUUAUCAUCAUCAUCUACGGAUAUUCGUUAUCGAAUUUUUCGAGCUUUACGACGACGAAAAAUGAAUUCUACAAUGGAUGUAGCUAAUAAACUUUUUGAUUUAACAAUAAAACUUCUUGUAAGUGAUAAUUUAUACAUAAUUUAA